UGAAGUAAGGAAAAAUGACACGAAUGUGAAAAGUGAAAUCCAGACUGACAGGAGCAAGAGAAGGAGAGCAACGAGCCACAGGGAACAUCUCGUACAAACACUCAAAUAUAACCUCUCUCCUGAAACUGCAGGUGUUAUCGAGCUGUAUUACGCAACCUUGAAGCAUACUCAACACAUGAGAACAGAAAGGAUCAAGCUUGGAUAGCGUGUGCUGUCUGAUGCUCCAAAUCUGUUUCAUGAUGACGUGAAAGAAAUCAGCAGAGAAAGGCAGCCGUGGCUUGUAUUGGAGAGGUGGAUGUUGCCCAAGAUAAUACCUCCCACCCACUCCAUCACUCGCUGGCCAAUCACAGGAGCAGAAUGAGAUUACCCAUAAUGCACCACUAAACAACAGAGGAUAUCUUUCCUGUCUGUGGAUAUCUCUGUACAACUCCUCCAUUUCAUUCACAGGAUACAGUGCAGUAGUUCCAGCCUUACUAUCACAUCCUCUACAGAGAAAAUAACAAACUUAAAACUAAAUGGCUAUGUCACUACCUGCUGCCUUCCUGUCUGAAGACCAGUUCACCUGCUCUAUCUGUCUGGAAGUAUUCAACAAACCGGUCACAACACCAUGUGGACACAGUUUCUGCCAAACCUGCAUUUCCUCCUACUGGGACGGAAGCAAACGGAGUGCAAAAACAUACCAGUGCCCUCUCUGCAAAGAGUCCUUCCUCAAGAGACCAGAGCUCCAUAUCAACCUGACCCUGAAGGAAAUAACUGAACAAUUCAAGCAGAUGGCCAGCUCUCCUGUGGCUGAAAGACUUGGAGGAAUGGAGCCUUCCAGGUCCCCUUCCCAUCAUAAUCAACCACUGUCACCCGGAUUCCAGAGGCAGAGGGAGAUGCCCGAGAACAUCUUUGCAGAAAUGAUGUCACGUUUUCAGCGCCUGCCAGACCCCGGGCUGAAUCACGCUCCACUCCCCCAAAGCCAGAGUCGAGAUGGUGCUCCCUUUGUCAGGACGGAGCAUCACGACCCCCCACCACCUUACCCCAGUGACUCGGAUCUGCCGCCGUGCCCCAUCCACCUGAGAGGUCUGGAAUUCUUCUGUCGCACUGAUAACGUGUGCGUGUGCAGCACGUGUGUGGAGACGUCAGAUCACCUAGGACACAACAUCACCCCCGCCAAACGAGAGUGGCACUUGAAGAAGGCUCAGUUAGGUAUUACUGAGGCGGAGCUAAAGGAGCUCAUCAGUGAGAGAGAGAGAAAAGUGGAGGAGAUACACAGCUCCCUGCGAGAGAUAAAGGAUGCUGUCGAGAGAGAGACGGAUGGAGCCGUUUGUGCUUUUUCCAAGCUGAUCUCCAGCGUGGAGCACUGCCAAGCUGAAGUCUUGGAGGUGAUAGAGAUGACUCUUCGAGCAGCAGAACACAGAGCUCAGAGUAUGCUGAGAGAGCUGGAAGAAGAAAUAGCUGAGCUUAAACGGAGGAGCACAACACUAAGUCAGCUGGCUCUGUCUGAGGACUACAUAUUCUUUCUCAAGACGUACCCUGCCCUGUCUGCACCUCGGCAGGCUAAGAAUUGGUCCGGAGUCUCUGUGUCAUCUCAGCUGACGUCAGGUGUGAUUCUCAGGUCUGUCAAUCAGAUGAUGGAGCAGUUUCACAAAGAGCUGCGAAUACUGCCAGAAAUCUGUCAGCAGGCGUCAUCAAACCAGUCUUUAUCUAGACCCAACCCGAAGGUUAGGAGGGUUCAAGAAUAUACAGUUGACAUCACUUUGGAUCCCACCACAGCCCACCCACGUCUCACCGUCUCAGCAGAUGGGAAGAGGGUUCACUGUGGAGAUCGCCAUCAGGUGGUACCAGACAACCUGAAACGCUUUGACCGGGUAGUGUGUGUGCUGGCCAACCAGGGCUUCAACUCAGGGCGCCAUUACUGGGAGGUGGAGGUAGGGGGGGAAGACUGAUUGGGACCUGGGCGUGGCCAGUCGGUCCAUCAACCGUAAGGGUAAAAUCACCGUGAGCCCCGCCCAUGGAUACUGGUUUCUCAGUCUCCGGGAUCAGUCCGAGUAUGCCUUCCGAACAGAACCAUCGACCAACUUGACGGUUCACAUCAGACCAUCUCGGGUCGGAAUCUAUGUUGACUAUGACAAGGGACUGUUGUCCUUCUACAAUGUAGAUGCCAAAGUGCUAAUGUUUACAUUCACAGAUAGUUUUUCUGACACCAUCCAUCCAUUCUUCAGCCCCUGUACAAAUAAAUCAGGACGAAAUGAGGCUCCACUAAUCAUCUGUCCUGUUGCAAUGACAGAAUGAUAAACUGUAUCAAGUGCUUCAAAGUACUGCUUCAAGACUUGGAUACAGAAACAUCUGCAACUAAUAAAGAUCAGUUGAUCAUUUUAUUCUUUGCAGCACAAUAAAGAAGAAUAUGGCCUUUGGUUAGCAUAUCCUAAAGCUGCCAUUGUGAUUAAUAUUGGCACAAAAUGUGAAAUUCUUUCUGGAAAAUACAGACACUGCAUCCUUCAAACUAAAGACGAGCGAGGCCAUCUGGCCUGCUAUCAGCCUCAGCUGAUGGCAUGGAGUCGCAUUAGUGCCUGUGGAAUUGGCAGUUUACACUUCUGGAAAGGCACACUUACUACAUUACGAAACAAAAAUGACACCAAAGCAGAGCCAGGACUGUUAUAUCAGAAAGUGCUCUCCUCAGUCGUCAGACGUUUAGAGACUGCUGCACAGACCUGAAAGCUGCGUCCUCAAAAAGAAACACUUCAUUGUGUUCGUAAAGUUGGACUUUAGGACUUUAGUGGGACAGGGCCGUACACAUGGCUGCCGCUGUCUCCGGCAGACCUGUCCUCAGCUGCCAAACUCAUAGUAUUUAAUCCUGGUGUGUGUUCUGACAACAACUAGGUUUAGUGUAUAGUACUGUAAAUAGCUUUGUCCAUUUGUAAACAGCACUGAAGCAGAAGUGUUGAACUGCCCAUUUAUUCUUGUACGUUUUCUCUUGUUUAUUAAAUUUGGGAGUUUGGGAUAGCGCUUGUCCUUGUCUAGUUUAGGUAGCUUUUGGUUCACCCUGGAGUUCCUGCUUUCAGUUUUGGUACGACUGGUGUAGCAAUAAACCUCACCUUUAUCUGUGACUUGGCUGUUUCUGAAUUUGGGGACCAGGGCACCUUUUUUAACCCUUAUGUUGUGCUCCUGUACCCCCAGAGCGGGGCGUGACAAUAUGUUCUAUGUGUUAAUGUCCUAUUCUGUAUUCUAUUGAUUUACAAAUCAUUUGGAAGUAGAAUCAGUGGAAUUUUUGAAUUAGGGUUUUACACAUAUGUGAUUCGGAGCACGGCAGCACUAAUGUAAUGUGAUGUUUGACACCUCUGUCACUGUUCUUGAUUAUUAUUUUGUCUUUAUAAAUUCUUAGAUUAAUUAAAUAAGUAUAAUUGA